AUGCCACCCCCAACCAACCACGCCGCUGGCGAGUACACGCCACAGGUUUCUCCUCUGGAUGAUCUGAUUAAUCGAGGGCGAAUGUUGCAGAAGCAGAUGGGGUCCGCGAGGGCUGGAUCGGCCGGGCUAAACCCAAUGACCGUUCACCGCUCUCUAAGCCGGGCAGGAAGUAACCCGGGAACUCUGGGGACUCUAGCGAGGUCCCGUUCGGUGGGAAGGACUCCAGAGGUGGAGAAGGGGGGACAGUGGGGGAAUACCGCUGUGACUGCCACUAGUGCUGCUACCACUCCGAUUCUAAAGGUUAUGGGUGAUCGUCAGCUCUCUACACCAGCCCUUGAAGAUAGGCCUACGUCUUCCUAUCCUCGAUUCAGCACGGUUUCUAGUGCAACUUCGGAUGAUGGUAGGUCGGACAGAGAUAGUAUUAUGUCGGGAGAGACAAGUGUUAGGGAUAGCAAUUUCACAUUGAUCAGCGGUUUUUUGAAUCCCGUUCGUGAUCCGCCAAACCUACAACAGAUACAGGGACGGCUCGAGGUUAGGGAGCAGGAUGUGGAGAGGAGUUCUCUAAAGCCGGUGAUAGUGGGGCGUAUUGAGGACGAGAGGCGGCAGAGGGAAGCGGAGGGGGUGGGGUCUGUGCCUGGGGGUGUUGGUGCCCGUGGCAGUCCGCGUGUGGGUAAUGAGCCUAGGGGAGCAAUCGCACAACGCCGUGCUCCGGAGGGUAGGCAACGUGGACCAUCGGGGCCGCUGGGGCCCACCGGACCGUCGGGGCCUGAGGGAAGACAGCGCAAUCCAGGGGAAAGACAACGCGGACCACCUGGUCCACCAGGGCCAGACGGCAGACGGAGAGUUCCCGAUGGGAGGCAACAUAGUCCGGGCCAGAGGCAACGUGGGCCCCCGGGGCCUGGCGGUAGACAAUAUGGUCCGGAUGAGAGACAACGAGGGAGGGGUCAAGAUCAACGUGAUACGGCUGGCCAGGGCAAUGCGUCCGAAUAUGCUAGAUCUAGAUCGCAACCCCCACCACGUAAUCGUCGUCCUCCUGGCAGACAGCCUCUGGAAGCAGAGCAACAGUUUCCAGUGAGAAAGGAUUCGAGAGACUUGACGGUUUUGAUUCCACCCGGUCCGUCUGGCACACACACGCAACCUAGCCAGCCAGCCCAAGCGUACACGCCUUACAGACAGGACUCCAAGUCUUCCCCUUUAGGUUAUAGCGCGCCCUCAAGACAAGGUUCUGCGGAAUCCGAGAAGUUUCCCCCUCCUAUGAGACAAGCAUCUGGCGAGAGGCUGUAUCCGCACAGAAAUGACUCUAGGGGUUCUGAUCGCAGGUUUUAUCCUCGCAGUCCUCGUAGAGAAGACUCGAAUGAUUCUGUGACCAAGUACCUGCCCUACCGGCAAGGCUCUGGCGAUGUCGAAUUUCAGCGGCCAUCGAGGACGGAUUCUUUGGAGUCAGUUCACAGAUCUUACUCGCCCCAACUUGCUCCUGUUCCCAGGACAGCGUCACCCGCCCAAGUACCAUCGAGUAUUUUCCCCAUGAUUUCUGAUUUCCGAGCAAGCUCCCCCGACUCAAUUGGCGCAGAAUCCUCUCUUACUUUUGGCCCCCCUUCUGCUCCACUACCCCGCAACCCUUCGGUUCCCUACGGUGGAACGGAUAGUCAUGACAUGACACGUUCCGCUAGCCAGUCUUCCCUUACAUCUGAUGCCCCUUCUGUUCACUCAGUUGGGGGUAUCCUGCUUCAGAAACCCACGUUCAAUUUUAAUUUUUCUCGGCCACUUAGUACCCGGCCUUCUUUUGAAUCUGAGCGACUUUCACCAUCACCGGAUGUUCCACAGCGGCUGUCUCCUGAACGGUCUCCAAUGCUCUUGGACGAGCAAUCCUUGCCAACGCCUGUUAGUAUGUCCGGGGAUUUCACUGAAGACGCCGGGGGCCCUGUUCCUACUUACAUUUAUUCCAAGUUUAUAUUACCUCGUGGUCGAGAGCCUGAACGCAACUCUGUUAUCUUCCAAGGCGCUGCUGGAUAUCCCAGUCAAGUUGUCCACCAACAAACACAUUCACCUAGUACUCCUCUCGGAAAUUCGACGACCACUGUCGACAGACCUCCUUCUCCAUCUUCACCACCUCGUACCUUCCUCCAACCAGCACCGCCUCCUCGCGACCCGAGGCAUUCCCCACACACGGGCCAUCCACCUUCCUUGUCUCCUCGCAUCGGGUUUCUUACACCGACGGUGGAGACUAGAGGACGUUCUGCUGCUGUCACUUCUCCUUGCUCGCCCCGUGCCCCGAAUUCUCGCUCUAAUAGCUCACAACCUCCAUCUGCUACUAUGCCGCCUGAUGAACAUGUACAGCUUGGUAUUGACCUUCAUGAAUCUGGCUCUCUACAGGAGUCUACAUACCACCUGCGUCUUGCCGCAAAUGCUGGGCACCCAACUGGUAUGCUCCUGUUUGCGCUUGCAUGUCGCCAUGGAUGGGGUAUGAAAGCGAACCAAAAAGAAGGUGUUAUGUGGUUGAAGAAGGUUACAGAGUUAGCGAGCUCCGAGGUUGCAGAUGAUGAGCAGGCUGGUGGGAGCGUCGACUACAUUGAAAAGAAGGGGAGAAGAGCUCAGUUUGCGUUGAGCAUUUACGAGCUGGCAGUUAGUCAUAUGAAUGGAUGGGGAACUGAGAAGGAUCAGGGCUUGGCCUUGAGAUGCUUUGAGAUUGCAGGCAGAUGGGGAGACCCAGAUGCGCUUUCUGAAGCAGGCUUCUGCUAUGCCAACGGUGUCGGCUGCAAGAAAGAUCUCAAGAAGUCCGCCAAAUUCUACCGUAUGGCUGAGGCUAAGGGUGUCAACAUGGUCGGUAAUAGUUGGAUUUGGAAGGACAAGUACCUUGACGAAGAGGAGAAGGCUGUAAAGAAGGCUGUAAAGAAGAACGGCGGUGGCGGCAAGAAUAAAUGA